GCUCGAACUUCUAAGUGAUUACGACCUGGAAAUCCAAUACCACGAGGGAAAAGCUAAUGUGGUGGCGGAUGCUUUGAGCCGGAAAUCUGAGCACUCAUGCCGAGCAACAUGGAUAUUACCAGAAGAACUGUUCCGAGACUUUCAAAGAUUGAACUUGGAAGUAAAACAAUAUGGCGAAGUAGAUAGUGAAAUACAGUUAUGUACUAUGACCGUUACACCAUCUAUCUUCGAGGAGAUCAAGAAUGGGCAACCGGGAGAUGUGAAGCUCGAGAGAAUCAAGGAAAGAAUGAAAGAUGGGAUCAAGAAUGGGCAACCGGGAGAUGUGAAGCUCGAGAGAAUCAAGGAAAGAAUGAAAGAUGGGGUCAAU